CUGCAUCGUGUCGGUACUAAGGACCGAUCUAGCUUCCACAUUGCGCCAGCUUCUCUCCCGCCCUCUUUCAGAGUGCAGACGAUGAGCGGAAUCAAGAGGUCCCGCAAUGCCCUCGCCUGUCUACCUUGCCGCAAUGCCAAGGUUCGAUGCGAUGGGACCUCGAGCCCCACGCCUUCCGCCACGACUUCACCAGAGUCCUGCACCAGAUGCGUUGGCUUAGCGAUCGCAUGUGUCUGGAUGCCAUCGCAGAGGAAUGGGCGCCCAAAGAAAGCGAGGAGUGUCACGACAUCAGACUUGCCUGCCGAAGCAGCGUUUGCUCAAAGUCCUGUCCCAGCCUGCGCAUCAGGCGAGGCAGACACAAGUCUCACUGCCCAUACUGAUGGGGAGUUCGAAGACUAUCUGUGGACAGAUUGGUUCCACAACGUACGGCCUGAGUCUUUGUCCGCCAGUCCUUUCGAGCAGUCCACAGGCGCACUGCAAUUGCCCAGAAUACCUGGUAAUACUCCAUCACAAGGUGACCAAAGCAGCGGCCUGCCGCUGCCGCUACCCGAUCCUACGGGAUCACGCGGAAUGCAAAUCACCCCUUGCAAUCUGGGUUGUGCACCAGAAAACUCAACACACCUUUCGAUUACAGCGUCGACCACUCCUUCGGAAGCUGCAUCCUUAUAUUCGGAUGACUGGCUCUCAUUGCGGCACCGAAUCCAGGGGAACUCACCCUCGUCCUCGACGACACAGUCGGAGGUCUCCAGUCGUCCACUUUAUCAGGCUGAUCGCUGCGAUGAGGCAGGACUGCUACACUUCUUUGAUACUUUUGCUCUCUCCAUACCAGUCCUUGGCGAUCGAACAACGUUCCUGGCUACCGUUGAGCCUCUGCAGAUCUCCCAUGCAGUCGGGGCAGCGACUUGCAUCGGUUACUGUACCUUAGAUGGAGCAAGGGGAGAUUCUUCUCGAGAGAAAAUCAGUGACAUGUGCGCGACUCUAUCAGCGGUACCGGCUGUGACCCAAAGGAGCGAAGCCAUUGCCCUUGCUACCCUCGAUCUCUUACUUGCUCAUCUGCUGAUGGCGCUUGUUCUCUAUGCGACUGAUGAUCUCAAAGGAGCCUCUCUCCAGCUCGGAAAGUCCAUCGACCUGGCUGGACGUUACGGUUUGGGUGAUAUGGAUCCACAACGUCAAGCAUCAAGUACUCUGCUGUUUCCUCUGCUGACUUCGGAUGCCCGAGAGCUUGGAAGGGCGGCAUGGUGGGAGCUCCGCGUCACUGAUGUCAUGAUGUCAGCUACGACGAGCGGACAAAUACCGCGUCGACUGGCCAACUGUCAGCGGUCGAGACAGGAGCCUAGGUUCCCAGCUCCACAGCCCAAGGCAUCGUGCUCCGAUGCAGUAUACUCUUUGCGCAUCCAAGCUGCCCUGCUGAUGGACGACUGCGUAAAGGAUGUAGAUUCGCCCCAUUCUUCGGCGACCACCAUAGACCGUGUCAUUAUACUGGACGGGACUUUGGUAAAUCUCAUUGCCAGGGCUCAAAGUGCUUGGCUCAAAAGCGUGCGCAUGCUACCAUAUCACAAAGCGAGCUACCUUGCUACUCAGGCGAUUUGUCUCUUUGAUACGGCCGUUCUCUUGAACGCGUAAGCAUAAGCCAUUGAGAGGGUCUCACAACCUCAGCCGCGAAUCUGACAAUUGCGUCUGUGUUCCUUUCAUUCAAUGCAACAGCUGUCGCAUCCAGUUACACAGAAAGGCAUGGUUUCCUGACAUCAACUUUGGGUUGGGGUCCUGUAGUUUUGAAGCGCAAGUAUCACGGCAAGGGCCAUCCUGCUUGUCAGGGGUUUCAACACCGAAGGCGACUAUGAGCCGUCAAGCAAGCGUAGCCGCCAUACUUGAGGCCGCUCGCAACAUCUCCCGGCUCCUCAGAAUGGAGCUUGAGCGACCAUUUCAAGAAGCAAGCCAGGUCGGUCUGUUCGAGUCUGGUCCCAAGGCCCU